AGAGAGAGAGAGAGAGAGAGACAGAGAGAGAGAGACAGAGAGCGAGAGACAGAGAGAGAGAGAGAGAGAGAGAGAGAGAGAGAGAAAGAGAGAGAGAGAGCUCCAUAAAUGAAACCAUAUCGUCAGUACUAUCGUAUGUAUCUGCAUGGCGGACACGGAUGUAACUAUAAACCCAGGUGAGGAGAUGAGGUCUCUCUCUCUCAGCGGUCAUGUUGGUUUUGACAGUCUACCUGAUCAGCUGGUGAGUAAAACAGUUAGCCAGGGAUUCAGCUUCAACAUUCUCUGUGUAGGUGAAACCGGAAUCGGCAAGUCAACUUUGAUGAACACCCUAUUCAACACUACUUUUGAGAACGAAGAGGUCAGCCAUUUCCAGGACGGCGUGUACUUACGGCCUAGAACGUAUAACCUGCAGGAAAGCAACGUGGAUUUAAAGCUGACCAUUGUGGACACUGCGGGAUUUGGGGACCAGGUUAAUAAAGAAGAGAGUUAUAAACCAGUUGUGGACUACAUUGACGCGCAGUUUGAACGUUUCCUAGAGGAGGAACUUAAAAUCAAACGUUCUCUUCACGACUAUCAAGAUUCGCGCAUCCACAUCUGCCUCUACUUCAUUUCUCCUACCGGGCACUCUUUGAAAUCUCUAGAUUUGGUCACUAUGAAGAAACUAGAUAGUAAGGUCAACAUUAUCCCCAUCAUCGCAAAGGCAGACACUGUUUCCAAAAGUGAACUUCAAAAAUUCAAGCUCAAGAUCAUGAGUGAACUGGUCAACAACGGCGUUCAGAUAUACCAGUUUCCAACAGACGAUGAAGCCGUUGCGGAAAUCAACUCUUCUAUGAAUGCACAUCUGCCGUUUGCUGUGGUUGGAAGCAGUGAAGAUGUUAAAGUUGGAAGCAAAAUGGUGCGAGCCAGACAGUACCCAUGGGGAGUGGUUCAAGUGGAGAACGAGAGUCACUGUGAUUUUGUGAAGCUCCGAGAGAUGCUAAUUCGUGUCAACAUGUUGGACCUGAGGGAACAGACCCAUGCCAGACACUAUGAGCUGUACCGUCGCUGCAAACUAGAGGAGAUGGGCUUCAAAGAUACAGACGGUGACAACGAGCCUUUCAGUCUGCAGGAGACAUAUGUGGCCAAGAGGAAAGAAUUUAUCGGGGAGCUACAACACAAAGAAGAGCAGAUGAGACAGAUGUUUGUCAACAAAGUUAAAGAGACAGAGGCGGAGCUUAAGGAGAAAGAGAGAGAGCUUCAUGAAAGGUUUGAGAUGCUAAAACGUACUCAUCAGGAAGAAAAGAGGAAUCUGGAGGAGAAGCGCAGAGAUUUAGAAGAUGAGGUAAACGCCUUCAACAGGAGGCAAGUGGCUGCAGAAACCCUACAGUCUCUUCAAGGUUCCUCGACCUCUAAAAAAGACAAAGACAAGAAAACUUGAUUGGACACCCAAAGGAAAUAUCAGUAUUCAGUAACUAACUACAAUAUGUAAUUGACCAGUUAUGUACCAGACGCACCAGCUUUUUAUAUGUUAAAGAAGACUUAUACUAGUUACUACACCCUUAUCUUAGAUUACAUUACACUUCUUAAAACAUGAAAUGCCAGUGAGGAACAAUAGUUGCAAAUGAAAAGCAUAAUUUAAGAGAAAUUAAAAAAAUUGCUACUAAUAGCUGUAUGGUAACUGGACUGCAAUUCUAAAUGUGUUGUAGAUAUGCGUACAUGAAUAUACUUUUCUCUAAACAGUCUAACUAGUUUACAAAGUAUUUUGCAUAUUAACUAGAAUUGUGUCACAGUUUUUUCAAAUUUAAAACUGUCCUGUUUUUUUUGGCUUUUUAUCCAUAUGUAUAUUUUGAAAUAAAAAUGACUUCCUAAUUA